AUGGCAAGAACAAAAAGUUCUCGGAAUGACCUUACCUUGCCGACCACGCUGGGCCUCUCCCUGGGCACGUUGCAGCAUGUGAUCACCGUUGGCAUCGGCUCGCCGGCCGUGAACCAGACCAUGUUCAUCGACACCGGCAGUGACGUGUCCUGGGUGCAGUGCAAGCCGUGCUCGCGGUGUCACUCGCAGGCGGACUCGCUCUUCGACCCCAGCUUGUCGAGCACCUACUCUCCGUUCACCUGCAGCUCCGCCGCCUGCGCGCAGCUCCGCCAAGACGACCGAGGAAAUGGCUGCUCUGGCUCCCAGUGCCAGUACAUUCUCAACUAUGGAGAUGCUUCGAGAACCACCGGGAGCUACAGCUCCGACACGCUCUCACUGGGCUCCAAUGCUGUCAGCAACUUCAAGUUCAGGUGCAACCAGUCUGAGUCUUGCCUCCUUCUCCACGACCAGGACCAGACCGCUGGGCUCAUCGAGCUCGGCGGCGGAGCUCAGUCGCUGGCCACCCAGACCUCAGGGACCUUCGGCAAGGCCUUCUCAUACUGCCUCCCGCUGACUCCGGGCUCAUCCGGGUUCCUCACUAUGGGUGUAGCAACCUCGGGUUUCGUCGUCAAGACACCGUUGCUGAGGAGCAGAGGACGUCUAACUUUCCCGGCGUACUACAUUGUGUCUCUUCAGGCCAUUAUGGUGGGAGGCAGGCAACUCAACAUACCCACCUCGGUCUUCUCCGCCGAGUCGCUCAUGGACUCCGACACAAUCAUCACGCGCCUGCCGCGGACCGCGUACUCGGCGCUGUCGUCGGCGUUCAAGGCUGGCAUGAAGCAGUACCCGCUGCCACAGCCCAUGGGCAUCUUGGACACGUGCUUCGACUUCAGUGGCCAGUCCAGCAUCAGAAUACCGAGUGUUGCACUGGUGUUCUCCGGGGGCGCCGUCGUCAACCUCGCCCCCGAGGGGAUCAUUCUGGACAGCUGCCUCGCCUUCGCGGCUAACCGUGAUGACAACUCCCUUGGCAUCAUCAGCAACGUGCAGCAGAGGACGUUCGAGGUGCUCUAUGACGUUGGUGGCGGCGCCGUCGGGUUCAAGGCUGGGGCAUGCUGA